CGAUCGCGCCCCUGCAAGACCACAGUCGAGGCUCAGGCGGCGGAACACGAUGGCGGACCACGGAUUGAUGAAGAGAGCCAGUGAGCGGGACGACAGCUUCAAAACUUUCGUAUGGAACCCACAAACCAAACAAUUCCUGGGCCGUACUGGCUCUUCGUGGUUCAAGAUCGGCGUGUUCUACAUCAUCUUUUACGCCUGCCUGGCCGGAUUUUUCGCUGUCAUGAUGGCCGUGUUCUACCAGACCCUGGAUACCAACCAUCUUCCUAAGUACACUCCAGGUGACGGCGGCUCCCUCCUGAAGAACCCUGCCAUGGGUUUCCGGCCACUCCCGAGGGCAGAGAACGUGGAAUCGACUCUCAUUUGGUACAAGAACGGUGACAACGAUGACAUCAAGCAUUGGGUGGAACAGCUUAACAAAUUUAUCGAACCAUAUGAGGGCACCAGCGAGGUCAUCUCAGGUCAGCACGUCACUUCUUGUUCUGAAGACAAGUUGCCAGGGCCAGAGGAGGUGUGCCGUUUCGAGGACAAAUGGCUUUCCGAUAAGUGUCAGAAGGCAGAGAGCUGGGGAUAUAACCGUGAAUCACCCUGCAUUCUCCUGAAGCUGAACAAGAUGAUCAAGUGGGUGCCUAAGGUGUACGAGAGCUUGGAAGAGCUGCCUGACAACAUGCCCCAGAAACUCAAGGACCACAUUGAGGCCAAGAUGAAUGAAAAUAAUGGCAAAAUUCCAAAGAUGAUCUGGGUGUCCUGUGAGGGAGAGAACCCCGCCGACCAGGAAUACAUCGGCCCCAUCCAGUACUCCCCCUGGCAAGGCUUCCCCGCUUACUACUUCCCCUACAUGCACACCCCUGGCUACCUCCCCCCCAUCGUGGCUGUCCAGUUCAACCAGCCUAUGUCCAACGUGCUCAUCAACAUUGAGUGCCGCGCUUGGGCCAAGAACAUCGUGCACGACCGCCAGAACCGCCUUGGCCUGGUGCACUUUGAGCUCCUGAAGGACUAGAGCGGUGCAGCGCCGGCGGCCGCCCCUCCGGGCGCCUUCCCCGGGAUAAAGUUUUCAUAUUGAGAAUUCAUAAAUUAUUACCUAUACCGCUAUGAGAGUUGUUUUUAGGUGUGAAGAAAUUUUAACUGUGAAUAGUCUUGUCAAACUCCUCUUUUGUCAUGUAUUUUUUUAUUAUCAUUAUUGACGGUCCCGACGGAAGCAGACAGUCGCGCGGGAGGCCGGCCGGGGCACGCGUGAGGGGCCCGCCCCGCCCCCCCCCGUGCCCCGUGCCGGGCGGCGGUGCCCCGGCUGGCCGAGGGAUCCCAAGCUCCGCGGGACGUCUACGUUAAGGAAUUGUUAUGAGUAUUGUGUAAUUUUGUGUAAAUUUUGUGAAGUACAUGCAGUAUAUUCCAGCGCCGCGCGGCACGGCGACGGUGCCGUGCGGCAGAGCCACGACACCCACAGCAGUUGUAGUCCGUAGCAAUUCCUUUGUCUAGCGUUGUGUAAAUAGUCUUGUACGCAGAGAGUAUCACUAUAUUUCAUGCAAUCAACGAGGGGCGCCCCGACGCCCGUCUGGCUAACCUGCGGCGCCGGCGGUGGUAGCUGUGGAGGGAGGGGGGAGUGAGAGAGAGGGAGGGAGAAGGGUGAGGCGCCGCGGGUCAGCCUGGCGGGGGGGCGGGGUGCUGUCUUGCAAACGUUCAUCCACCCUCGGAAAAUGUUGUUUUCCGCAGUUGUUCUGGUUUUCAGCAAUAAAGAUCUUGACAAAUUUA